UGUAGUUACAAGACCACACUCGACAGGUUGAGGAGGACUGACUUAGCUGCUUCGCGGACCGAGGGCGACACCGUCGUAGUUUGUACGGCUUCAAGUGCACGUCCCCUCGGUCCCCAUCGAGGGAGGGGUCGUUAGCUUCAGACGCAAUUGAGCGCUUGCGCAGGUCACCGAGGGGGCGUUCCUUGGCAAGGCGAAUGUUCACCACUCUUCCGUCCGCAGAUAGUGCAGCCACCAGUGGACGGCAGAGAUGAGGCUCCGCGGGUACAAAGUCAUUGUGUAUUGAAGUAAUACCGGACUGAACAUCUUGGCCACGCUAUCGGAACGGAUCCGACCUGCACCUUCCAAUCGCCAUCAUGGCCCAGAUACCCUCUGCCAACACCGCGAGGCCCUCUACAUCUUCUGGCAAUGUCUUCACGAACAAGCAAGGCAGGUCGUCGCCGGUGUUGAAGCCUGCCGCACUCAAGACCGAAGUUCCGUCCAGCGGGGCACCCUUUCACUCGCCUCGCAAGGACUCUUCUCUUACGCCUUCACCGGCAGUCUCACAUCGCUCUAGCUUCGCCGAGAACCUCCGCAAUUAUCCACCCUCACCCAGAACCUCCAGAACACAGUCCUUCUCUGGCCAAGCACUGACGGACUUACUGAUGACUCCUCAAUCGAAGGCAACAGGGGAAGAUGCGCGGUUCAAGGGCAAGGAUUGGCGGACGAUACAGGUUCAAGAUAUCAUUGACCCGGCCGAGACACGCUUCGUUGAGCUCGACACAACCAUCGAAGACACCACGAAGCUCCUGAUCAAAUCUGGCGCACCGAACGUGGUGCUCAUUCGGGAGUCAACGAAGACUAAGACUGCUAUCGGUACUUUUGACUACUCAGACCUAAACGCGUACCUCCUACUGGUACUUGGCUUAUCACAGCCGGACGAACUGGCACAAGAGCUUGCGGAGCGAGCACGAAGCGGUGAAGCCAUCCCCCUCCGAGACGUUAACGAGCAUCUGGGUGCUCGCGAGCAACCCGAGUUCCUCGCGCAUACAGCAUACUUGACGUCAGCGAUGCAAACGUUAGGUAGCGGCUCACACAGAGUCAUCAUUUGCAAGGAAGGCACAAGUGAGGCUAUAGGAGUGCUCAGUCAGCUACGAUUGGUCCGUUUCUUCUGGGACAACCAUCAAAACUUCGCAGCAACGGAAUCUCUGUACGCAUGCUCGUUACAGGAACUUGGCUUAGGUGCCAAGCAAGUCCUUGCCAUCAAUGGUGACAAGCCGCUUGCUGAUGCGUUACGAUUGAUGCACAAUGAGGGGAUCUCGUCAAUACCCGUGUUGGACAGUCAGCGCAACGUUGUGGGCAACAUUAGCCACGUUGACGUGAGGUUACUUACCGACACUUCCUCCAUACCACUUCUCUCGUCGAGCUGCAUCCACUUCAUCUCCGUCAUCCUCUCCGAACGAGGGAUGUGGGAUGGCAAAGACUCGUACCCUGUCUUCUACGUCACACCUGUCAGCACACUGGCGCAUACCGUCUCGAAACUCUGCGCGACUCGCUCCCACCGCAUGUGGAUCGUACAGCCACCUUCACCCUCCGCUAGCGUGCCACCGUCACCAGGUUUGCAUACUGCAACUGCUCCGCUUAGCGUAGCAAAUUCGAGUACGCAUCUGCCGGCGCCGGCGGUUCACUUAGCCACGCCGGCAAAACAUGGUCAAGGAGCGGAGAUGACUCCUGGUCCACCCUUCACAAGCCUCACUCCUGGCGUCAGCAUAUCCGCAGCGCAGAUCCCGGGUGCGAGCUUAAGCGGGCGCUUGUCAGGGGUUGUCAGCUUGACCGACGUUCUCAACCUCUAUGCGCGGGUGAGCGGGCUCUCGCCCGCCGACCCAGAGGAGAUGCGGAUGCGACGGAGAAGGAGCAGCUCGAACAGCUCGCGACCGAAUAUGGACAGUGUCCGGGCAAGCGCCGAGUAUAUGCGCGGCAGUGGUGAGCUUGACAGAAGCUCAAGCCAGUCCAGCCGGCACAAAGUAUCAUGAGCGAUGCAUCACUGACUUUGAUACCCUACGUUCCACUGUCGCUUCGCGGAGGCUCUUCGAGUAGCCAUCGGCUUUUAUUUCACAUUUGACAUCAAGGUAGCGUAGGCGCUGGCGGUACGGCGCAGAGUUGGACUGGGAAGCUGGAACGUCAAGCUCUUUGUAUAUACAGCGGCACGUGCAACGUGACCGUACAUGUGCCUGGCGUAGUCAUCCGCCUGACUGUGCCUUCCUGAUCUUCACGGUGCCUUUGCAGCCAAUGGCUC